UCCUUCUUUUACCUGCGUUUUCAGCUUCUAUUGCUCUAUAUAUCGUUCUCCUUGUUUCUCUCUCUUAGGGUUACGAUUAAGAUUCUAGAUCCAUUCUCAUCGCCCGGAAUUGGAGAUGUCUUCCUCAAAGAUGAUCGUUUUGAAGAGUUCCGACGGUGAAACUUUCGAGGUCGAAGAGGCGGUGGCGCUCGAGUCUCAGACGAUCAAGCACAUGAUUGAGGAUGACUGCGCUGAUACUGUUAUCCCACUCCCUAAUGUCACUAGCAAGAUCUUGGCUAAGGUUAUAGAGUACUGUAAGCGCCAUGUUGAGGCUGCUGCCAAGACUGAGGAUAAGCCCGGUGACGAUGAUCUCAAGACCUUUGACGCCGAUUUCGUCAAAGUUGACCAGGCAACGCUCUUUGAUCUUAUUUUGGCUGCCAAUUACCUCAACAUCAAGAGCUUGCUGGAUCUUACCUGUCAAACUGUUGCUGAUAUGAUCAAGGGGAAGACGCCAGAGGAGAUCCGCAAAACAUUCAACAUCAAAAAUGACUUCACUCCCGAGGAGGAGGAAGAGGUCCGAAGGGAGAAUGCUUGGGCAUUUGAGUGAAGUGAAGUUUGAAGUCUGUUAAUUGCCGCCACGCUUUAACCAUGUUUGCUAUAUAUCCUAGUAGAUGCUAAGGACAAUCGUGAUGGUAGUAGUAGUAUAUAUAUAUGUCUGGUAUGUUAUUUUGCGCAGAACAUGACAUUGUCUGAUAAGAUGCUACCCUUCUAUGUUUUGAAUUCGCCUUAUUUUGCAAUGCAAUUUAUUUGUUGCCGGCUUA